AUGGAGCUGUACGUGGACGCCAACCUGAGGGCGUUUGAUCUGUCAAUCGAACAUCGCAAGGAGAUCAACGACACGAUCACCCUGCAGGCCACCCAGGCGCUCGAGGAGGUCGUUCUCGAGAAGUACCACUUGAAGCGCACGUGGAUGUCGCCCAACGGCGCCAUUCGCAGCGCCCUCGGCGGUGACGUCUCCCGGAAGCCGAUGGUCUACCGCCACAUCCCUCCGCUCGUGAAGCAGUGGCGCAGGCCCAUCAUCAUCGCGCGCCACGCGUUCAGCGACCAGUACAACAGCCAGGACUUCAUGGUCCCCGGACCAGGCACGCUCCAGAUCAAAUACUCGCCCACCAUGGGAGCUUCCUAUAACAUUCACAUCUGGCAACAUAUUUUGGAGGAACACAACGCAGUCCAUUCGUCACUACCAAACCAGCAACGCCUGCAGUUGAGCCAUGCUGACACAUGUCGACCCUCGCAGUUGGCAGCGCUGUCCUCAAACCAGCAACGGAGCAUUGCCGGCAGCAAUUUUGCGUACCGGCACCCAUGA